UACUUGAAUCGGUAGCUUUUAGAACUCUUGCUCCUUCCUCGCCCGUUCGCUGUUCGCUGUUCGUUCUUCUAACAAGACAAGAGGAGAGAUCCCGUGAAACAGUUCGAGGCCGGCAUCAAACCUGAAAUUAUUAAACAAAUUGGAAGGUUGCGGCACUGGACGAGGGAUAAACAUCUGCUGAUUCGGGAUAUGCCCGUCUGUUGAGGGGUGACACUCAUCACAUCAGGUGAAGGGACGGUAAUCGCACGUUCAAUAUGUCUGACCGCAAAGCUGUUAUUAAGAAUGCUGACAUGUCAGAAGAAAUGCAGCAGGACUCUGUUGACUGCGCAACUCAAGCUUUGGAAAAAUACAACAUUGAAAAGGACAUAGCGGCAUACAUAAAGAAGGAGUUUGACAAGAAAUACAACCCAACAUGGCAUUGUAUCGUCGGCCGCAACUUCGGCAGCUACGUCACACACGAGACAAGACACUUCAUAUAUUUUUACCUAGGUCAAGUUGCCAUUCUGCUCUUCAAGAGCGGUUAAACGCCUCAACGGAAACCCUCGUCACAUUGUUAAGUGUAACAUGUCGCAAAGUGUUUAAUGUUAUCUUCCUCUGUCAUCUGCUAUCGAUUGGAACGUAUUUUUAAUUUAAUUUUUUAACUUUUUUGUAACAGAAUCCACGCCGCAAAUGAGGAGCGUUUCAUUAAUAUUUCUAAAAGAGAUGUGCAACAUCUUUGAUACAGAAUGAUGCGAUGGAUUUUUAAUGUGAUCGAGGGUUUAUCUUUUUUCAAAUCGCCCUCCGGGUAGCAUACAAGGCUGUUACAUAAGUUUAUUUGUUUUGUGUUUAGAAUCGAUGAAGAUAUCUAAUUGAUAACUAUUAUACUGUUACUAUGAAAUAUGCCCAAAUUUGUAUUGCUAACACAAACACUCGAGCUCUUGGUAAUUAGAUUUUAGAUAGUACUCAUUCGACACGUUAUAAAUUAGUGCUUACGAUUUGAAAUGUUUUUAAGGGACCAUCUAACUAUUGUCAAAGCGGUUCUUCUGUUGUUGGGUGGAUUAUCAAAGUUCACUACAUUGCUCAUCGUACACUUUAGUCGGCCAAAUCAUAUUCUCCUAGUGAUUCCGAUGUUUGUUGUUCGUUUCUAUUGUAAUCACAAUACCUGUAGCUUUUAAGGAGUUUGCCUCUAUUUUUGUAUAGGUCUUAAGUUGUUUCAAUCGUUCUACUGUGUAACAAAUAAAAUGGUAUGUGAGAACUUGUGUUUUUUUUUAGGUAUUUUAUUGUUAAAGGCAUUUUCAGUACAACAUAAACAUAAUUUGACAAACCCAGAGUAUAAAGUUUCACUGAACCCCUUUUAAAAUGCCCUGAGGUGAGGGCUUUCCGCUUAUUAUUACAGUGGACAUAAUUUGUACAUAAUUUUAAAUCUCUCGAAGUAGUUUAUUUAUUUUUGUUGUAAUAUAAGUUCUAUUAUCGGUGUUGAAGUAAGAUGUUUAUGAUUUAUCUCCUGUUUAACUCAUAAGUUUAAUCGCUUACUGAUCUUAAGUUGCGUUCAUGUGAUUACUAUGGAUUUUUAUUUCUACUUAGCAAUAUGAGUAUAACCUACAUACUUUGUAAUUAAACCUUGUUUAGUUCUGGCUUUAGUUUCUGUGAUUUAGGCAUUUAGUAAAUAAGCUGCAAAUAUUUCAUGAGAUCACAGCUUAAACUGCGAAGUAGUCAGUCAUCAACUAUACCUAGUGAUAUUUGCGUAUAAGUAUAAUUAGAUUCUGUUCUAAAUCACUUAGUAAUAUUCAUCUUAAAACUCACUCAUUCAUAGUAUUGUUAAAGCUUUUGGACUAGAAUAAUUUAUCUUUAUUUUCCUGAAAUGAAUAUCCGAAAAGACUUUCAUUGAGUUAAUUCUUACAGUUUAACCAUAAAUGUGUACAUGUUUUCAUUAAACUAAUAUUAAUUAUUUAAUACGUAAUGUCUAUACUCACCAAAGUAUUAUCAGUAAAGUACUAUUAACAAAAUUCUGUAUUACAUGAGCUUUGAACAAAAUCAUUAUUAUUAUUGAUAAGCUAAAUUUACAGUCUGCUCUGGAAAGAGACAUCACCAUGUGACAGGAUUCUUUUGUGGAAAGGAAUAGAGUUCAGGUAGCUUACUUGAGGCCAGAAGCCGAUAGAUACGCAAAAGAAUAUUAAACAUACUGGGGAAACCAGUGCCAAGACUUGUUUCUAAAAACUUAAAAUACUGUACCAAUUCAACAAAAAGAAACCUGAACUUUUACUCUGCCUCAGUUGGUUGAUGUAUGAUACCAUUACACGAAAUACAAUAUGGUGUUUAAUAUUAUUCUUGUUAAAUAUAAUAAGUGAUCUUUACAAGUAUAAGGUUUGUGUUUUCAUAUUCGUUAUGUGUUGUUAAAAGCAAGGAUUCUUUUUUUUUGUGACAGGUUUAGUUGCAGCAAACCUGACUCCAAGCAUAGCAGUUAACUGCACAGAAUUAGAUUGUCAAACUAGUUAAAAAUGCCUUUUCCCCAGUUAGUUCUUUGAAAGCAGCAAAGAUAUAUCAUUAAAACCAUUUGCAAAAAUUUGAUUGAAAUAUUUUUUUGGGUUUGCUGCAACUUGGCUGUAUGCCUUCUUACCACCGCUCCAGGAUCAAUAAUGAGGAUUUUAAUCAAUUCUCAUUGUUGCGAAGUAGAUUUAGAAAAUUAACAAUCAAAAUGAAGUGUAUAUAUUUAAGUCACUAUGGUAUCUGGUGUAUAGUUUCACCUUAUUUAAGGUGUUGUAUUACAUAACUCGAUGUAUUGCAUAAAUAACCAAGUUGGUGUAUUUAGGAAUUUGAUUCUUUAUUCUCGUAAAGUUACAAUGUAAAUUUGGGCCAUAUUGUAUUUAAUGUAAAACAUAUGUGAAUGUUUUAUUUUGUUGCUAUUUAAAAAUAAUGAUUUGUCUCAAAUAUCA